AUGUCCGACUCGCAGCUGCAAGAACACUUUGACAACUUCUUUGAGGACUUUUUCGUCGAGCUCGCUAAAUAUGGAGAGAUUGAAGAAAUGAAUGUUUGUGACAAUAUUGGUGACCAUCUUGUUGGAAAUGUAUAUGUACGAUACAGGUUGGAAGAAGAUGCUGGUCGAGCCGUCGAAACAUUAAAUAACCGAUUCUAUGCUGGAAAACCACUAUACGCUGAAUUAUCUCCCGUCACUGACUUUCGAGAAGCUUGCUGUCGGCAGUAUGAGAACUCUGAAUGCACACGAGGUGGAUUUUGUAACUUUAUGCACUUGAAGGCGGUGACAAAACAGUUGAGAAAGGAUUUGAUGGAAGGCCAACGCAAAACCAUCAAACUCCAAAAAGCUGAGCGUGAAGUCAAGAGAGAUGAUGAUGAAGACCCUCGUCGUAGUCGAAGAUAG